AUGGCAGCUACUACAACCUCCGAGAUACCGGCCGAUGGCGCUGGCGUGAUCAAGUUGGACCCUUGGCUGGAGCCUUUUGGUGAUGCCCUCAAGCGCCGAUGUGGGAAAGCACGAGAAUGGAUCAAGAAGAUUGAUGACUCGGAAGGUGGUAUGGAUAGCUACACCAAGGGUUAUGAUAAAUUUGGCUUCAAUGUCCUCUCCAAUGGUGACAUUCAGUACAAGGAGUGGGCGCCCAAUGCCGCCGAAGCAUAUCUGAUCGGCGAAUUCAAUGAGUGGAAUCAAACCUCGCAUCCCAUGACGAAGGAUGCCUAUGGUUCAUUCACCAUCGUUGUCCCCUCCAAUGCUGGCCAACCUGCUAUCCCACACAAUUCUAAAAUUAAGAUUUCUUUAAUCCUACCAAGCGGCGAACGUGUAGACAGGAUACCCGCCUGGAUCAAAUACGUCACCCAAGACUUGAGCGUGUCGCCUGUAUAUGAUGCUCGCUUUUGGAACCCGCCCGCUUCGGAGAAGUACAAGUUCAAGCAUCCACGCCCAAAAAAGCCCGAGAGUAUUCGCGUCUAUGAAGCUCAUGUCGGAAUCUCGACGCCUGAGCAACGAGUUGCUACUUACAAAGAGUUUACUCGAGACAUGCUGCCUAGAAUCAAGAAUCUCGGCUACAACGUGAUCCAGCUCAUGGCCGUCAUGGAGCAUGCUUACUAUGCCAGCUUUGGAUAUCAAAUCAACAAUUUCUUCGCAGCUAGCAGUCGUUAUGGUCCACCCGAAGAUCUCAAAAAGCUCAUCGACACGGCACAUGGCAUGGGCAUUGUUGUUCUGCUUGAUGUCGUGCACAGUCAUGCGUCAAAGAAUGUUUUGGAUGGCCUCAACAAUUUCGAUGGCACCGAUCAUCAAUACUUCCAUGGCGGGGCAAAAGGAAACCACGACCAAUGGGACAGUCGUCUUUUCAACUAUGCCCAUCACGAAGUCAUGCGCUUUCUGUUAAGCAACCUUCGCUUCUGGAUGGACGAAUACCGCUUUGAUGGCUUCCGCUUUGAUGGAGUCACUAGUAUGCUGUACAUUCAUCACGGCAUCGGGGCCGGCUUCUCAGGAGGUUAUCAUGAGUAUUUUGGCUCGGAUGUCGAUGAAGAGGCUGUCGUCUACAUGAUGCUUGCCAACCAAAUGAUUCACUCGCUCUAUCCAGAGUGCAUCACAAUUGCCGAAGAUGUAUCUGGAAUGCCUGCACUAUGUGUUCCCGUGGGGCUUGGCGGUGUUGGCUUCGAUUACCGCUUGGCCAUGGCAGUUCCCGAUAUGUGGAUCAAGAUCCUCAAGGAAUUGCAAGACGACGAGUGGAACAUCGGCAAUAUUUGCUUUACUUUAACAAAUCGGCGACAUGGUGAAAAGACGAUUGCAUACUGCGAAAGUCAUGACCAAGCCCUUGUCGGUGACAAGACAUUGAUGAUGCAUCUGUGCGACGCAGAGAUGUAUACACACAUGUCUACUUUGUCUCCAUUGACUCCAAUCAUCGAUCGCGGUAUUGCUCUACACAAGUUAAUCCGGCUGCUCACCCAUAGCCUAGGUGGCGAGGGUUAUCUCAAUUUUGAAGGCAACGAGUUCGGUCAUCCAGAAUGGCUUGACUUCCCUCGGCAGGGAAAUCAAAACUCAUUUUGGUACGCCCGACGUCAGCUCAACCUCACUGAGGAUCCUCUCUUGCGUUAUCAAUUCUUGAACAGAUUCGACGGCCUGAUGAACAACUGUGAAUCAAAGUAUGGGUGGCUGCAUGCACCUCAGGCAUACAUUUCUUUGAAGCAUGAAGGAGACAAGGUCAUUGUGUUCGAAAGAGCUGGCCUCGUCUUCGUAUUCAAUUUUCAUCCGAACCAAAGUUUCAGCGACUAUCGAAUCGGCGUUGAUGUAGCCGGAACCUACAAAGUUGUCCUGCAAACUGACAGCAAUGACGUUGGCGGCCAUAGUAGAAUUGAUGAGAGUGUUCGCUUCUUUACUACUCCGAUGGAGUGGAACGGACGAAAAAAUUGGACACAGGUUUAUAUCCCGUCUAGAACGGCAUUGGUUUUGGCUCGCGAGGAUGUCAUUGCUCGGUAA